GUUUAGUUCAAAUUUUUUUUUUUGGCUAGAAAAGUCGCGAAUUCCCCUCAGAUUAUAACAGCCAAACUCACAAUCAACUGCUUAUGUCUUUGUGUAUCUUUCUCUAGCUUUCUUCCAAUAUCUUCUAUACAACCUUCUUUUUGCAGCUCUGAUUAAAGUGAAAUCCAACACUCUUGAAGAUGGUUGAGGCCUUUGUGUCAUUUGCAGUAGAAAAAUUGGGGGAUUUCUUCAUACAGGAAGUUUCCUUGUGUUUAAGUCUAAGAGAGGAUGUGUUGUGGCUGCGAAAUGAGCUGCUCUUUAUGCCGUCUUUCCUCAACGAUGCAGAGGAAAAGCAAAGUGAAGAUCAAAGAGUUCAACAGUGGGUGUUUGAAAUCAAUUCUGUUGCUAGUGAUGCUGUCGCUAUACUGGAGACUUAUAACUUCGAGGCUGGUAAAGGUGAUGACGAUAGAUUUGCUAGUUGUCUGAAGGCUUGCACUUGCAUAUGUAGGAAGGAGGCCAAAUUCUACAAUGUCAGCAAGGAGAUCCAAUCACUCAAGCAGCGUAUCAUGGAUAUCUCUCGCAAACGAGAGACUUAUGGUAUUAGAGAUAUCAAUAAUACAGGAGAAAGACCAAGAAAUCGGCCAAACAAUCGGUCAGCCAUGGCUAGAACAUUGAGGAGAACUACCUCCUAUGUAGAUGAGGAGCAGAUUUUUGUUGGCUUUCAAGAUGUUGUAGAAAGACUGCUAGCUGAACUUCUCAAAGCAGAACCUCGUCGAGGCGUCAUCUCCAUUUAUGGUAUAGGAGGAGCAGAAGAUCGUGUGAUUUAUGCUGAAAACAUUAUAUGGUUGUGGAUGGCUGAGGGUUUCAUACCAAACGGAGAAGAAAGAGCAGAGGAUGUCACUGAAGACUUCUUGAAUGGGCUGAUAAGACGAAGCUUGAUAAAAGUGGUAGAUUCAUUUUGGAAAAAAGUUAUUAAAUGUAGGAUUCAUGAUCUACUUCGGGAUCUUGCCGUACAAAAGGCAUUAGAGGUAAACUUCUUUGACAUUUGUGACCCAAGAAAGCAAUCCAUAUCAUCCUUAUGUCUCAGACAUGUCAUUCAUGAUCAAGCACAAAAGUACCUCUCACUUGAUCUUUCUAAUUUCAAGUUGAGGUCAAUUAUGUUCUACGAUCAAGAUUUUUGUCAAAUCAAAUGAGUCUUAUAAAGUUCCGUAAUGUGUUCCAACAUAUAUAUGUGUUGUACUUGAAUAUUCGUGGUGGCACUAUACCUAUAGAUCCUGAUGCCAUAGGAAGUUUGUACCACCUCAAGUUCUUAAGCUUGACAGGUAUUUGUGAUACACAUGAAUAAUAUUACACAUGCAUGAUAUUACGAAGUUUUUGGCAUUGGCAUUAGCAGUGGUAAUUAUUGACAGUAUAAGAAAGUUGAUAGUUUAUUUUAAUGUUUUGAUGGAUCUUUAGCACUUUAUUCAUCUUAUAUUCCAUCUAGACACAUGUUAGCGUUGAUUAAAGUAUGUGCUUAAUCAAAGCUUUUCAUCCUCAGAAAUUGUUAUCUCCAAUUUGAAUUUUUUACUCAAAAGAAAUUGAUUUUCAGGUCGCAGAGGAAGAGUGAUGGGGGAGAUUUGUUUUUCAUCUGGAUGCUAUAGUGUAGUUAGCUGUAGAGCCUAAUGAGGUAGAAUUUAUUGUUCUGCUUCAUUUCAGUGGCAUUUCCCUUGAUCUUUUUAUUUUUUCGACCUACUUAUGUAAAAAUAUUUUUGAACCAUAUAUUACAAUGCAAUGUGAUGGA